AUGAAUGUCUUUGCACGAUGGCGACCGCUUGCAGCCACCAAAGCUGAAGCUGAAGAAAUCGAUCGCCGGACGGAUUCCGACUCUCGCUCUUUGACUUCUGUGUCCAUCAAGCGUAAAGCAUCAGCUGCGGACCGUCCUUGGACGAGUCCAGCAGCAUUCCACACCAUCUUCGACCCGGACGAUGACAAUGACAAGUUAUACACCGAUGUCGUAGCACCUAGCGUCCCAAGAGUUUUACAAGGUGAAAAUUGCAGCUUCUUCGCAUAUGGACAUUCUGGCAGUGGCAAGACGCAUACAGUCAUCGGAUAUGACUUUCAAGAAAGUAAAAAUCUUGGACUAUGCCUCCGCGCAGCCAAACAGCUCUUCGACACAUUGAACAGUCAGAAGGGCUGCCAAGAACUGGGCAUCGGACUCAGUCUCUUCGAGUUGCGCAGGAAAACAGGUUUCGAUUUGCUCAAUAAUCGAACUCAAUGCUAUGUCAGGGAGGGUCCCGAUGGAAAAGUCCACAUUCGAGGGGACACCGAGUUGAUGGAAGGGGGCAAGGUUAGAGUCCGUCCUAUUGUCCAACAACCGUGCUGGAACUUUGAGUCUUUUCAACAGAAGCUCGUCAAAGCCCUUGAGCAGCGUGCUACGGGUUCUUCCAGCGUCCAUGAUCAAAGCUCUAGAACUCACGCAUUUCUGCAAUUGGAGAUUGUGAAUCAGUCUUUAAUGGACACGCGACAUGCAUUGUUUGAUCGACAGUCCGAACUGGUUCCUGUGGGUAAGCUUGCAACAGACGUCAUGAUGGAAGAGGAUUUAAAGAGCGUCAUUCGCGGACUAGACGGAGCAUGGGUACUUAAUCGCGAUUACCAGAAGGACCAAACACGUAUCGACACUAUCGAAGCAGAAAAAGCCAGGUGUGAGGCUCGAGUUUCAGCUGCAGAAGAAGAGAUCGAAGCUAUCAUCAAAUCGAGGUCCACCCCAUGUCUAGGAGCGAAGAUGGUGUUUGUGGAUCUCGCCGGCGCAGAGUACUACGAGGCGGACGGAUUUCGAUCGCAGGCAUCAAAGCAGACUCUACAGGAGCGUCAAGAAGGCCGGCAGAUCAACAGUGAUCUGCUGGCGCUGAAAGAGGUUAUGAGAGCUUGGUCACAAAGCCGGAAGAGAAUCCCUUUUCGAUCGUCGACUCUAACAAUGGUACUCCGAGAGCAUUUCAUGAGCACGGGUAAGGGAAACUCUACUAUCAUUGUUACCCUCUCACCCGCAGCGGAGCACUUUGCAGCGACGCUCAAUUCUCUCAAGUAUGCAAGUCUGGUUGGAGCCGUAAAGACCUGA